AUGUGUGACUGUUCUCCAUUGUGGCCGGCCAACAACAGUUUGUACAAAGCGAACAGUAUUGUUCCAAUUCCUAUUGGUGUGACACCAACUGUAGCUGAUAGCAUAGAAAAAGGCGCUGAACUGGCUUUGGAGUUCUGCAAAAGUGUUUUCAAAUGGGAUAAGUGGAAUUGCCCCAGGUCUUUCUUUCUUAGGCUACCAAAACAGCAACCAAAUAGAGAAACAGCGUUUUCCAAAGCCAUACUCUCAGCAGGAAUAGUACAUAGAAUAACAAGGGAUUGUUCUAAAGGUGAUAUAACAGAAUGUGGGUGCGAUCCUGACAUAGGGCCGCCGUCUGUACUGACUUCAAGUUCACUUAAAUUACAUACUUCUUCGUUGUUGUAUAAUUCAACUCAAAAAGUAGAGGAACAUCGUAGUGGGUGGACUUGGGGAGGAUGUUCAGACGAUCCUAGAUACGCUUUAGAGGUGUCAAAGAAAUUCCUAAGUAAUUUGGAAAAGGGAAAUGAUGCUGCUGCCUAUGUUGGACGACAUAAUAAUAACGUGGGGGCACAGGUCAUACGGGAUUCCAUGGUGAAGAAAUGCAGGUGUCAUGGGGUGUCUGGUAGUUGUUCAGUGCAGACCUGUUGGAUGCAGGUUGCUUCGUUUGGUGAAGUUACUAAAAGGCUCAGGGAAAAGUACAAGCGAGCCGAAAGGCUGUCCUAUGAGACUGUUGAAGUUUCGAUUACUUUGGGAAAUUCUGCUAGGGAAUUGGCGAAAGAAAAAGUAAUACCAAUAAAACGGAAUAGCUUGGUAUACUUGGUGCAAUCCCCUGAUUAUUGUGUUGCAAACAAAACUGAAGAUUUUCCAGGGACGAGGGGAAGAAAAUGUUCUAGAAAUGCUUCAAAACUAGCCUCACCUGCUGAGAAGAAAAGUUGCAGGACUUUGUGUAGGGGCUGCGGUUAUAAAGUGAAGAAGAUCAAGAAGAAAGAAACACAGACUUGUAAUUGUAAUUUUGUAUGGUGUUGUGAGGUAAAAUGCGAGACAUGCGUGGUUGAUGUCGAGGAAUACUUUUGUUAUUGA